CACGAGAGGUAAAACCCGGUUACUGGAAAUCCAGGUAUCUGAUUGGAAUCACUCAUAAUGUUAUUAAUCACACCAGGAUGACGGAAGUUUGUGUGUUUGAUUAAUCCGCUGGUUAGUUUGCGCGUAUCCGCACUGCGUAAAUAAAGAGAAAGUGAAAGUUGUGCUUGGCUGAAGCAGGAAGGAGCGCACAAGCCUUCAGUAAAAUGUUUGAGGGAAUCAGUCGAGCGCAUCUACCGCACUGGAUAUGCGCACGUUACUCUUAAUCUUCAUCACAUUUCUUUAUUCCCGCAUCAUCACCGGGACCGUGGAAAUGUGUUCAGAUCCUCCAAAGGUUCAGAAUGCCAAACCAGCAGUAAAUCCAGGUGACAAGUUCCGCAUGCAAUGUGAAGACGGCUACGUGAGGAAAGCUGGUACAUCCAACCUCUUCAAAUGCAUUGAGAAUAAAUGGACAAAUGAGCUACAGUUACAAUGCAUACCUGAUCCAGCAGCACCUAAGGUUCCACCCAAAGCAGCACCCACACCUGAACCUCAGGCAACAACUUCGAUAGCUGAUCCAACAUCUACAGUUCAAACCACACCAUCACCCAGCACUCACGCUCAGACAACAACAUCGACAGCUUCAAGCGAGCAGACCGACACACCUGGCACAUCUGCGAGUCCAUUCUGUAUAACUACGACUCAGAAGACACCUCAUACGACUGUAGAACCAAAAAGGAGCACUUCUACAACAUCCACAACACGUACAGCUUCUACACAGACUUUACACCAAACACCACUGAAGACCACAACAACAAAGGACAGCGUGACCACGACUGUGAAAGAAAAAUCUUUCACACCAUUAGCAUCUUCAUUAUCCCCCCACUCGAGGAACGCCACCCAUAUAGGCACCGCUGCAGGGAUCAUAAUACCUAUACUAGCUGGAUUAGCAGUGAUAGCAGCACUUCUUUUGUGGCGUCAAAGGUCUGGCCGUUCGAGGCAACGACCAGCUCGAGCAGUUCAGAUGGAGCAGCACAAUCCUGAAACCGGUCAGCCAUUAUUAGAGCCGUCCAAUAACCCAAGCAGCUUUCAAGACUCCAAGGUCCAGCAUCCAAAUAUUCCUUCUGAGGAGGCCACCAACAACACAGAAGCUAACAAUUCUCCUGAUCAGAGAUAAAAUAUAAUGACGUUUUAUAUGUAAACAGUAUUAAAAGAACAAACGGCAGCAGGAAUUCUAGAAACAAGGAAAAUUUUGACAUGGUUGUAGUUGAAUGUGUGAUAUGAAUGCAUACACUAAAAUAUCAGGACACAAAUUGAUUUUUUUAAUAUUGUUAACAAUUGUAGUUAGAAGGUCUAACUACAAUUGCUAACAAUAUUAAAACAAUCAAUUUGAUAAAGGCAUGUUAUUCUUCCAACUUUGCAGCAGCAGUUUGAUGAAGCCCCAUUUCCUUUCCCAGCAUGACUGUGCUCUUGUGGAUAAAGCAAGCUCUACGAAGACGUGAAGGAAAAGCUUUAAAAAAACUUCAGUGUCCUGCUCAAACCCUGACCUCAGCCCUUAAUGAACAGCUUAGUUUAAACUGGAACAACAACUGAGGUUUUUUUAAGCAACAUCAUUGUUUGAAUGAAUGGGCACAAAUUCACAGACAUAUUUUAAAUAGCAUUUGUUUUUUAAAUGGGAUGCCCAACAAGCGCAUGGUCAGAUAUAUAAACAUUAUUAUAUUAGAACCCCCUCUGAAAAUGUGCCUAUUUCAUUUCAACAAGUUUAAGAACAAAUACGUAUAAGAAACAUCUUCACACAUACAGUAUAGUGUAGCUGGGGCUCAAUUGUAACUUACAACCUAGCUAAUAUUUUAAUUUCCUAGUAUUGUGUAAUCGACUAAGCAUCCAGACAGGAAAAUAGUAGGUUCAAAGGAAAAGUGUAUAAUUAAAGUCCUAAAGGUAAACGGUACAUGAUGAACUAUGACAAUUUGCCUAACAAAAUUUAGUAAGUCUUGUGGGAAGCUUUCUCAUGGGAGUUGCUGUUGUUAUAGGAAAAGAUCCCAUAUAUUCACUAUAUUUAAAAUAGCAUUUUUUUUUAUAAGAGAUGCCCAACAAGCGCACGGUCGGAUAAAUAAACAUUAUUAUAUUAGGACUCUCUCUAAAAACAUGCCUAUUUCAUAACGACUGUCCAUGUCACAGUCAGGGAUCAAUGAAAUGGGCAGAUGGUAGGUACUUGAAGUAUAAACGCUGAAUGAAGCAGAAAUGGGCAGCGUAAAGACGUAAGUGACUUGGUUAAGGGCCAAAUCAUUAUGACUAGACUGCUGGGUUGAGGAAUCAACAGGUUGUUGUUGCCAUGAUUGAUGCUAGAAGACAUGAAGGGUAUGGAUGGUGGUAUGGCCCAAUAGAUGGUACUGCCCAUGCAAAUUAGAAGGUUUUACAAAAAGUUUCCACCCUUUUUAAGUCUAUUUAUUAGGAAAUUUGAAAACAAAUGACAUUGCUUUUCUACACAUUUACCUUCCUAUGCAUUUUUCCAGCGUCGUACCAACUUUUUAAUGCCAUCAGCCAAAAAUUUAUUUGGUUGAGCGCGUAGCCACUGAUGCAGCGCUGCUGUCACAUCAUCAUUACAUAAAAAUUGUCCAAAAAGGUGGAAAUAAGAUGGAGCUUAAUCCGGACUAUAAGCGUCUCUCAGACACGACCGAUUACUACUCCUCCCACCCUCACCGUCUUCAACCAAAAUAUAAAAGCUUAUUGAAGAGCCCUUGUAUAAUGACAUAGGGUUCGGGAUAGGGUUUUGGCUUUGGGUUUUCUCGACCCCCUUUGAGAAAAGAGUCACUGCAAAUCAAUGCAAAAAUACAAAGUUAAUCUGAUCAGUAUUCCAAACAUUUCUUUUUUGGAGGUGGCAUGGUGAAACAGUGGGACAAAUGGUGAUACACAGUAAAAGUUACAGAUGCUUGUGUCACUGUUUGCAAGGAGAUUUGCAUGUUCUCCUAGUCAAGUAGGUUUUCUUUUGGUACUUCUAGGUUUCCUCCCACCUCUUUAAAACAUACAGAAUGUGGAUUGGUUGCUUUAAAACGUCCAGUUUGUGAGUAAGUGUGAUGGUGCUUUUCCAGCUGGCAGGUAGCACCAAACUCACCAUAAAAUUGUAAGUGAAAAUGAAUGAAUGAAUGAAUUAAUGAAUAGAUGAAUGAGUGAAUGAAUGUAUGACAUUUAACCUUAAGUGUAACCCUGUUUUAUGCUAUUUUCUUGUCUGCAAAAUUAGUUAGUGUAAUUCUGUGUACAGUUGCUGGAAAAAGUUUGUGAACCUUUUGAAAUGACAAAUUUUACCUUAUGUACUUACAAUAUGUGAUAAUAUACAGCUACAGACACGUGACAAAUUAGAGAAUAAAUAAAAAUUAAGGAGCGGAGAAACAUAAGCACACAUGCUGCAAAACAGAUAAACUGCAUUAGUACAGUUAGGCAAUUUACAUUGCCAUGUUCUGUAAAACAUAUAAACUAUAAAUUGAUGGCAAAAAGAAAACAUCUGAGGAAAAGAUCAGUAGUGGACAUUAACACAACUUUGAUAAUGUCUUGUGUGGUGCACACCAAGAGAACAGUACAGGUCCAAUGCUUGGACCCCACAGUAGAUUCUUUGGCUCUGCUGAUAUGGUGUGAGUCCAUGUCCCCUUUUAGAGGGUCUAUGCAAAUCAAUACAUAGACAUUCUGCCUAAUCACCUGACCAGUGAUAGAAAAGAAUAAAAUGCCUAGAAUAGAACAACUUUAUUUGUCAUUCAUAUAUAUAUCUGGGGUCAGAGCGCAGGGUCAGCCAUUGUACGGUGCCCCUGAAUGGCAGAGCUGGGAUUCUAACUCUCAACCUUUCAGUUGUUAGCCCAAAGCUGUACCCACUAGGCUACCACUGUCCCUACUGAUGGAAGUGUUGUCGUCCAGGAUGACAAUACCGCCAUCCACAGGACACAAGUUGUUACUAAAUAGUCGAAUUAAAUAAAAAUGAUGAUGCUGCCAGAUUUUAGAGGUUGAACAUAAGAACACUGGUUUGUACUGUUCUGCAGGCAUGUAGUGGCCUAGUACCGCACCAAGAGAUCAAACGUGGUUUGUGUCCCGCAGAUUGUCGACAGUCUGUAUGUAAGUCUGAAUAAUUGGAGAGUUUACCUUAUUUUAGCACACUUUAUUAUGUAGAAGUGAACUGUUCUUGAUGUUUUGAUAUCAAUCCGUAUAAUAAUCAUUUUGUACUCUUUUUUUUGUACACAGAUUUUUUUUAAAGCAUGUAACAUAAAAUAAUAUAAAAUAAAAAGUUUGGU